UGGUAAUGUUUAAAGUAAUACAUAUUGUGUUCUGUAUUGGCUUCCUGAAAGAGAGCAUGUAUGGCUGUGAAGGAGGCACUGGUGUAGAGUGGAUUACGGUGAUGACAGGGUGUCAAGGAGAUGGAGUGGGUGGCUCACUCAUCCAUAACCUCUGUUAUUCAGGGGUGUGGAAUUACAGGUGGCAAUUGCAUCCCCCUGUUGUGGCCCAGAGAUCAUUUCCUUCUCACACUGGUGUGCUUACCUGAGGUCACUUAUUACUCGGACACCCGGGGAGAAGGAGCUGAUAUGAAAAGAUGACGAAGGCCAACUGAGAAUAUAUUUAUAUCCUACUGAAGAUUCACAAGGCUACUGGAGUUCCCUCAGUUAUUUUAAAGAUAUUCCCCGUGAUGGAUGCAAGACUUUUGGACGAAUCGGAAGAACGGCCGCGACGGUCCUGCUGCCUUCCUUCAGGGAACGCCUCGGAACCUUCCGACUGGGCCCACUUCCACAAGCCCAUCAUCACCAUGGUGAUGGGCGCCCUGAUGUCGGCCGCGGGGGCCGCUCUGCUGCUGUUGCGCGCCCUGGGUGUGAGCGAGGCCCCCCACGCCAUGGUCCCCGCCUGCCUGUCGGCGGGGCCCGUGUUCGUGGUGCUGGGCCUGGUGUGGAUCCCCAUUCUGAGGCAGAAGCAGAGACGUCGCGCCUCCUGUUACGAGGGGGGCACCCUGUACGGCACCGAGCGGUGAGGGGGCGGACGGUUGGAUGGGCGAUGCUGUGAAACCUGAGCACCCCCCCCCCCCCCCCUCCCCAGCAGCCCGACACGACAAAGUGUCCUUUUUCUUUUUUUCUUUUUCUAAACAUGUGGUAGCCUACAAUCGCACCAAUUGGUUGACGGGUGAUAAGAACUUAUGGUCAUUGGACUUUGUACCCUGGGGCUGAAAAAACGUUUAUUUAUCCCCGUCUAUGAGUCAGAGAGCCACACGCACUUUGCCACGCUCUCGAACACACCACCCUCACAUUUCGUCGGGUUCUGGGAUUCCUCCUCGGGAGUGGACGGAACACACCGUCGCCAUGUCGACGGAGGUGCGGAUGGAGCCCGUGACGGAGAUCCAGUACGGUGGCGUGGGCCGCUGCAAGUGCUCCUUCUGGUUCGCCGUGGCGCACGACGUCCUGGGCCUGGUCAUCAUGAUGAUGGGGGUGUUCGGCGGCUUCGCCAUCCACGACCUGCUCAUCUACGCCGGCUCCAUCAUCCUCUUCUUCAGCCUCAUCUGGUGGGUGUUCUGGUACAGCGGCAACAUCGACGUGCCCCCCGGGGAGCUGGAGGACGACGUGGGCAUGGUGAAGAUGAAGAAAGGCGGGCUGACCGGCGUCGUCAGGAGCAUGUCCAGCCGCGUCUCCAGUGGCCUCCGCAGCUCCUUCCGGAGGACGAGCGGACGCUUCCGGAGGGACGCCCCGGCGGCGGGCGACGAGCCUCAGCACAGGGAGAGCAGGCCCUCCACCGGCAGCCAGAUGAGGAACGUGGAGGUGGCGCUGUCCACCAUCUCUGAGGUCACCGAGUCCACGGCCUCGUGAGGGCGACGCCGUCCCAUGUGACCUGGCUGUGGCGGGGGGGGGCUGUGUCUUCAGGUCUCCAGGGAGGGAAACGGCUUCCAUCGUUUCAGUGCUGGAGACGGCAGGCCGCCACGGGUCGCCUUAUGGGAAACAUUGACAUGACGUGGCUCUCCAGACCGCCGCUGAAGUAACUGAAACCACCGUCGAGGGGGGCGGAUGUCAGCGAUAUGAUAUGAUCUCACUCCGGUAAACAUCUGCCCUCAGAUCUGUGUUCAUCUGGAAAAUGUGUGUCACUAUUCGACGGGUUCCUUCUGGAACCGGGAGAUACUGGUGUGCAGAGCAGUUACUGUAAUGAUUAAACAGUAUCGUGGACAUGGGGACGCUUGGUAAGAUGCACAUGGUCUUAUCUCUGAGAUAAGAACAUUAACUUUGGACACACACGGUGAGUUAAUUUGAGGAAGGUACGGUAACUAAAGCACUCCAAACAAUAUUUCUCUUUCAAAUCGUGUCUUAUUUGUGUGGUAGCUUUUGAACCGUCUGUUCAGUUUGAUAAUGGUAAUUUUUAAGUGAGGACUUUGAUUAAGAGAUAAAAUUGAUAACCAAUAGUCCACUGUCUUAAUGGGUCUGGUCUGUUGGUUAUAAAUACAUAAAAGGCUGAUCGGUCAUAUGGUCUAUCAGUGAUCAAUCUUUAUCCUUGCAUUUUUCUAGUCAUUCAUUUAUAGACUAUUUUAUACCUGUGACUUCCAUAUGUUUGGUAAAUACCCAGGAUUUAUGCAACCAUAUAUCCAGGGUUUAUGUAACCAUUACCUGUCCCAAGUCUAUUUAUUGUUAUUUUGUCAAUGUUGUCUACCUUCACAUUACUUAAUUGACCAAUACAUUGUACGGUUUAUGUUUUCAAUUAAAAAUGAGAUUAAUGAACUGAUAUUGUACAUUUGUUGUUAUGCAUCUGUCCGAUUUGCGACAACUAUUAUAUUAUUACUGUUUUUAAGACUUUUCCGUUCAUGUUGUAAAAUAAAAAGCUAGCGUUGUACAUAAAGGUUGCAGCUUACUUCCCGUGCAGUCACACCCUUUACCCACUGGCCUUAACGUGGGAGGGGCCCUCACAAUGUUAUCAGUCAGAAGCUAUUAAUCAUUAUGUGAACUGCAGGUAUGCAAUCUCACUCAAUCUCUUUGUGUUUCAUGCAUCCGAAAAUCUAGUAAAUUGAAUGAUUCCAAACUCCUCUCUAAAUAAAUUGAACUUGGUCAUUUGUA